ACAUCGCUGUCGAUGAUGUCGUCAUGUCACCUGGUUUUUGUCAAGGCAACGGGACGAGUGAAAGUUUCCCAGAAUGCACCUUUGAGAAUGGGACCUGUGGUUGGGAGGAUACCAGUUUGGGCCAGUUUGCCUGGCAGAGGGGCAGGAAUGGGACUGCUAUCGGCAACACAGGCCCCUCCAUGGACCACACCCUGGCCACUCAUCUGGGCUGGUACAUGGUAGUUGAGGCGUCCAGAGGAGAGCAGAACAGCUUUGCAGCCUUGCAGAGUCCUGCCAUGAAACAGGCCAGCACUAACUGUCUCCUGGAGUUCUACUACCACAUGUUUGGCACAGGUAUCGGGGAGCUGAAGGUGUUCCUUAAGGAAGGUCCCAGGACCACGCCCCUCUGGUGGCUGUCAGGUGACCAGGGGGACGCCUGGGGUCGCGGUGAGGUCGUCGUGGGACGCACCCCUCAGGUCUUCACCGUCCUGUUUGAGGCGACCAGAACCUUCAGCCACUUGGGCGACAUCGCCAUCGACGACGUCACCUUUCUCAACUGUUCUCUUCCUGAACCCCAGGACGUGUGUCCAGAGAGCAUGUUCACCUGCUCCAACCGUGUGUGUGUACCCCGGAGCAGAGUGUGUGACUUCAGUGAUGACUGUGGGGAUGGAUCUGAUGAGACUCGCUGUGAGCAGCAUGGUGUUCUGGAGCUCUGUAGCUUUGAGCAGGGUCUGUGCUCCUGGGGAGGCAGUGAUGUGGACACGCCAGGGGGGGAGUGGGCCCCCCAGAGGGGGGAGGCUGCCCGGCCCCCCCAUGGGCCCCCCAGGGACCACACCCUGAACACGGCGGCAGGUCACUUUGUCAUCCCUGGGACCCAUCUGACUCUGAAGGGGCAGACAUCAGAAGUCCUCUCCAACACUUUGCUGCCCAGCCCCAACUGCACUGUGAGAUUCUACUACUACAGCCAGGACGACGAGUCAGCCAGCCUGACUGUGAGAUCCCGAUGGCAACAGAGCGGGCAUGGUGAUACUCUGCUCUGGGUCAGAAAUUCACCAAUGGCAGGCUUCAGCUGGCAAAGGGCAGAGGUCACCUUCUCUUCUUCAGAAAGUAGCAAGGUCGUGUUCCAGUAUCAGAGAGGAAGUGGUGAGAGAGGUCAGGUUGCCAUGGAUGACAUCUCCUUCUCCUCUGAGUGCAUUGUUGAUCCUAACAACACCCUUCUGCCUGAGUCUCCUACUCCUCCCCCCUCCUCUCCCUCCCCUCAGACCACACCCACCAUCCCUCCCACCGGGCCCUGCUUGGCUGAUGACUUUUACUGCUGGCGGAGUCCAAGCGUGGUGUGCGUUCCUGCAAGCAAGCAGUGUAACUUCAAUCUAGACUGCCCCCUAGGGGAGGACGAGGAGGGCUGCGAUGUGUGUGACUUUGAGGAGGGCAUGUGUGACUGGUCACAGCUAAGUGACAGUUACCAAGACUGGCUGCUAGGCUCUGGUUCCAGCCCCAGCCCUAACACUGGACCUGACUGGGACCACACAACCAACACCCCCGGCGGUCACUACCUUUACCUGGCCUCCUCGGCCACUGACCCGCCCAGCCAGGUCGCCCGGAUAGCCUCCCCUCUCAUCCCUGCAGGUAAGGGGGAGUGUCUGCAGCUGUGGUUCCACAUGUUUGGCAGAGGCGCGGGAACCCUGAACGUGUACCAGAGGUCCGAGGAGGGAAAGACAGCUCUGCUGCUCUCCCACAAAGGGGACCAGGGCCGGCUGUGGAGGUUCACCCAGGCCAAGCUGCAGCUCCCUGGGGCAGCGUACAGGAUAGUGGUGGAGGGCGUGACAGGGGAUGUCAACAUGGGGACAGGGGAAAUGGCCUUGGAUGAUGUGCAGGUAACCAGCACCCAGUGCCCCCCGCCUGGCCUGUGUGACUUCCAGAGUGGCCUGUGUGGCUGGAGCAACCUGGGGGGGGGUCUGGACCAGGGGGACUGGCUGAGGGGCCGAGGGGUUUACCCCAACACGGGGCCCCGCCUGGACCACACCUUCAACUCAACCUUGGGUUACUACCUGUACGCCGAUGGUUCUGUGGGUGAGUGGGGAAAUAAAGUCAUGCUGUACAGUGAAGUACUCCAGCCCAUCACUGGGGGGCGCUGUGUCACAUUCUGGUACCACAUGCAUGGGCUUCACAUUGGAACCCUCAACCUGUACAGAAACAACAAGGAAAUACAUGCCACCGGAGACAGUACAGGGGUUAUUCUGUGGACGGAGUCUGGUAACCAGGGAGACGUCUGGCUUGAAGAAAAUGUGUUUGUGGACCAAGAAGAGCCAUUCUGGUUUGUGUUUGUGCACCAGAGGGGACGAGAGGCUGGAGGGAACGUGGCCCUGGAUGACAUCAGCAUACAGCAGGGACCCUGUUGGUCCACUGCUCCUCCAGUCACUGACGAUUCUUUGGCAGUGAGUCUGGGAGUGUCUCUCACGGUGUUGGCCCUGGUGAUUCUUGUCUCAGUCCUCUAUGUUCUUCAGAGGAAACGCUUCAGCAGCGAACCGCAGCUCGUUGGCAACGAAGUGAUGAAUGAAGAUUCUGUUAUUGAUCUGAAUGUCAACAGAGUGUAUAACUCCAAUUUUGGAAGCGAAGUGGACAUAUAAUUCUUCAAACAACACUGCCUUCGAAUACACCUCUAAUUGGUACAUGGAACAAUCAAGAACAAGGAGUUCAGUAUGUGUAUUUGUAAAACAACUUAUUCAUCAUUUGAAGAAUAAUAUUAGGAAAUAAUGAUAUUCAUUAACACAAUCAAGAGUAGUCAGUGAUAUAUUAGUGGGUU